AUGUCCAUCGAACUGGAAUGGCAAAAGCUGAACUCAUCACUAGCGACCACCCUCGUUGACAUCCUCAACAGACAAUUAACGACAACUCAAAGACCAUCAUUCAUCGGUCCUGUUGAAAUCUCCUCGCUCGACUUUGGUACUGUCCCUCCAGACGUCGAGCUCGUCGACCUUCGUGAUAUAUACCGCGAUUUCCUCGAAGAUUCUGACUCGGAAUCCAAUUCUGAACCAGAUCAUGACAAUGCGAAAGUAACGGAAGGCCCAGGGGAUGAUGAGGAUGGAUUUGAGUGGGUGUCAAGGAAGGGGGCACGCCGGGGGAUCGCGGAGGAAGGCCUGGCGUAUCAUCAUCUGCCACCGCAUAUACGCUACGGGCACAGUCCAUCUGUGGAUUUGUUUGCGUCCACGCCAGCAUUACAUACCGGUUCACCGAGAGAUGUAUGGGGCGGGGGUGCUAUGCAUGUGAGCAUGCCUAGCUUGGGCGAAUUUAGGCCGAUGACGAGCAACAUGUCGAUACCAUCGUUUGAUCCUGGAUCGCAAGCUCCAACCUCUCCGCCUGAUAAUCCAAAUCUUCAGCUUCAUCUGUACCUUAAUUGGCACUCCAAUCUACGGCUUACGCUCACGACAUCCUUAUUGAUCAACUACCCUUCCCCGUCAUUCAUGUCCCUUCCGAUCAAGCUCUCAGUGACAGGGUUGGUGUUCACGGGAGAGGUAGCUGUCGCAUACGAGGGUUCGCGUGGCCGAGUCCACUUGUGCAUACUUGACGAAUUGGAUCCCUACGGCCCCGCGUGUAAACGCCCACGAAGCCAAACCAGUACCCCUCCUGAAAUGGAUGAGGACAACGGAAAACGCGACGGAAAACCUUUGCCAAUCGGCCAACGCCUCCUCCCGUCUAUCUUGAUCGAGAGCGAGAUUGGUCAGGCAGACAAACAUGUUCUUAAGAACGUUACGCGGGUCGAAAGGUUCAUUCAAGAUGUCAUACGGAAUACAGUGGAAGAGGAACUCGUUUUUCCGAAUUUUCAUACAAUGAUCAUCGGCGACCAAGGACGCUCGUGA